CACGCUGUUAAAAAUUUGCAGAUAUAGAUACAAUAUUGCUACUUCGUUAUGAGUAAAUUAGCGCUCUGUAUUCUUAUUUGUCUCUGCCUAGGAGAACGAGUGCGUACUGAAGACAAAACUUUAACUGGAGAUAAUGUAGAAGUGAAGGUUCUAGGCAAAUCAGGAAAAAUAUCGUUAACGAUUAACCCCCCGGCAGAGUCGGAAAAUGAGGUAUCUCAAGUCACAGUAAACUGGGACGAAUUAAAAGAGGUCGAUGGAGAUGGAAAUGACGUGACCGAUAAAAGAUUUAAUACUUUUGCGAACCAAGAUUUUACCUACUCAGACAUAGAAAACACGACAUAUUCAGAUAUAGAAGCCCAAAUGAUAUCGUUCUCUGCUUCGCUGGCUAAACAACAAACUACACUAGGUAAUCUGACUGUUGUAAUGUACAUCUUCAAAGAAAUGGGAACUUUGAGCUUGGGUGAAGAAACCCACACAGUCCACCCGGGAACUCUCAAGUUCAACAUCGUUAUCGAAAAUUGGACAUGGGGUGCUGACUCGGAUGCACACAUGCUGGAAUUCGUCAUCGAUAUUAAGGGCAAGGCUGAUGAUGCUGUGAAGAAAGAGACCGAGACUGGAGAGCCACAGACAUUUGACAUGGGUGCGAAUACCAAUUUGGUUCUGUCCCAAAAGGUAAAGACGUCCGAUAGUGGUGAUUGGACAGAUAUGCCAACUGGUUAUCCAGACUACACCACCAAAGGAAAUAAGAAAAUGUUUAUCUUCCGUUUUCCCAAAGGGGACAAAAUCACAUAUGAUCCAUCACUGGAGAGUGCACCUUCCUCCAGCGUUGCCAUAGUAGGCAACACUCUAGUGUUUCUACUGGCUAUGGUUGCGGCUGCAAUCUGCAGUAAUUAAAAUGCCAACAUAAGUAACUAUAUUUUUGUCAUUGUCCUGUCA